UCACACAUUUUAAGCAGCUUGACACAACAAGGCAAACGACAUCAUGCAUCGAGAGAGCUGAAAGGCUCUUUAUCAAAAAUCCUAAACAAGUUUCAGCUAUCAUUCACUCGCUCGACUGAAACGGCGGCAUCGACUGACUUAGUGUUGAAUUUAACAACGCUAGCAACCGCGUCUCAGCCAAUCAGACUGAAGAGCGUACGUUUUUUGUCAGCUUUUCAUUGGCUGGAAUGGUAGGCGGGCCCCAACGCUCAAUCCCCUGGAAUCACCCUAAAAUAAUUCCGACCUCUCCUCCUUGGGUGAAGGUUCACUGCGGUGACUGUGUUACGUUGGUUGUCUACUAUAGCAUAAUUAAACGUUUCUUCCACAAUGUCUGGCCGUGUUCUCGUUGGUGUCAAGCGUGUCAUUGACUACGCAGUUAAGAUUCGUGUGAAGCCGGACAACAGUGGUGUGGUGACGGACGGUGUUAAGCACUCAAUGAACCCCUUCUGUGAGAUCGCUGUAGAGGAAGCGGUCAAGCUGAAGGAGAAGAACCUUAUUAAGGAGGUCGUGGCUGUCAGCUGCGGGCCGCAGCAGGCACAGGAGACCAUCCGUACUGCCCUUGCCAUGGGGGCAGACCGUGGCAUUCAUGUAGAAGUAACAGGGAAAGACUAUGACACCCUGGGGCCCCUGCAAGUCUCCAAGAUCCUGGCUGUUUUGGCCAAGAAGGAGGACGCACAGCUCGUCAUCCUUGGCAAACAGGCCAUCGAUGAUGACUGUAAUCAGACUGGCCAGAUGACAGCAGCCCUACUGGACUGGCCUCAGGGCACUUUUGCAUCAGAGGUGUCAUUGGAAGGAGACAAGGUUAAAGUGGUGAGAGAAAUUGAUGGUGGCCUGGAAACCAUUAUGAUCAACACACCAGCGGUGGUGACCGCAGACCUUCGACUCAACACUCCCAGAUAUGCCACUCUGCCUAAUAUCAUGAAAGCCAAGAAGAAGAAGAUAGCUAACGUGAAGCCUGCAGACCUAGGAGUGGACCUCACGUCACGUCUGGAGGUGAUGAGGGUGGACGAGCCCCCACAGAGGCAGGCGGGGGUGAAGGUGGAGACGGUGGACGACCUGGUGGGCAAACUGAAGGAGGCAGGGACGAUAUAGAGGCAUUAGGAGUGUAAGAAGGGGAGCACGGAACCGAGCAGAGGGGACUUCCUAAUGAAUAACUGGACUGCAUUACAUAAGCGCACCCGGAGGACUAGCUCAUGUAUCGGCCUAAUCCCUCUGUUUGAGACUGUGACUCCUGAGGAUAUGCAGGGAGGUACUGACAGGAGAGGAGGAAUACUGAGAAACACUGUCGUGCACCAGACCCAGACAACAACAAAAGGAUCAUCUUGUCUUUUAUGUGCAUCCUAACUUGGAUGGAUGGUUUUUCUAUCACAAGCUACUGAUAUAACUUAAGAUGAACAGUCUUUAAGGAAUAAUUUAAACCCAGAAACUUCCUGUCACUCAUGCUGCUCAUUGUAUUGCACAGUACACUAACACCAGUACGAUGCAUUCAACCAAACAAACACUUGACUCAGCUGUUUUUUUUUUUUUCUUGUAUAUCUGAUGUCUCACAUGUUAAGAGGUGCAGUUUUUGUAAAUGAUAUAUGUAAAUAUGGACCCAAACAUGUUGAGAUGAUUGUGUCCUCCAAGAUUAUCACCAUGUGCACCAGUAAUCUGUACAGUUUGUGCGUAAAUUCUAACUUGGUUUUUUUGUCCUCUGCCUAGACGGUGUCUCUCAGUAUGAGAAAGGGAAGGUGAUCAUAAAUCUUUAUUUUACCAUAAGCGCCUCAGUUCUCUGUUGAUUGUACAGAACAUUACCAUGACAAUAAAGUAGCCAGUCUUUUUCAUAUCUAAA